AUGACAGGCUUCCCACUGGACACUGCGGUGCGGACCUGCAGCUGUGGCGGCGCGGCACCAGGACAGAGCCCCCGGCGGCGGGAUAGCCCGUGCGAGCGGGGAUCCGGGGUGUGGGUCACGGGGGCCAGCGGAGGGCCCGCUCUCCACGGAGGGCGGGUGGGGGGCGGAGGAUAUGGGACCAGGGAUACGUUACGCCAGAGGAGUAACACUAUGCCCAGCACCAUGGAGGCCGGGGGCUGCAGUCGCGAGGGCCCGCCAUAG